AUGUCUGCGCAGGCCUCGCCCGCGACAGAGCUGCAGAACCCGACGCUCGGGCAGGUGUACGCCACGCUGACGCGCCACUCGGCGCAACAGACCGAGUUUAUCCCGCACAUCUUUUACGCGCUCCACCAGCUGAAGAACGACAACGGCCACACGAACACGUUCGAGACUGCGACGUCGAACAUCCGGCACCGCCUAAAGCUGUGCAAGGCGGCGAUCGCGGGCGACGCGCACGCCGUCGAGAUGCUCUCGCGGCCGUGCGACGAGUGGCCCGCGGUCGUGUGCCAGAAAGAACAGGAAAUUGAGGCGAAAAAGCGUGUCCAUCGACAGCUGCGCCAGCGCGUGGAGGAGAUUGCCGGGCCGCUGGACGCAGCCGCCGCGCCCUGA